AUCUAGAUUAAUUUUAAAGUGAUUAGUAACAAUUAGGAUAUAGAUUAUGAUACAGAUUGUUUUUCUCCCAUAAAUUUCUAUUAAUCGUGUUCAGUUUGAAAAUUCAAGGAUUUCAAAGACAAAAUGUGGAGAAGAGAGUGGUUCUGUCACGCCACGGACUUUCAAUCCUUAAUGUAUCCCUGUUUUAUCAUUUGCCGCAUUCUCGGAACGUUUCCAUACAAGAUCAAUGGUUCGACUUUUGAGAUUUCAAGACCACGCUACAUCCUGUCCACCGUGAUUGUCUGUGUUAGCUGCAUUUACAACCUGACAACCAUUUACAAUUUGAUUUCUACAACCAAUUCUUUAAACGUGACCAGGAUUCUUGAGAUUCUCUGUUACUAUAUAUGCAGCAAUUUCAUGUUGAUCAUUACGCAUGUCUUGAGUGGUCCACAAAUGCAUUUGCUGCAGACUAUUUUGAAUAUCUCUUUAAAAUUAUCCUCAAAGUCAUAUCAAAACUUAUCCAAAUUGAUCUAUAUCAAGGAUAUCUUCAGUACUGUAUCCAUAAUCGUGCAAAUAAGCGUAUAUUUUUCUAAAACAUUUGACUAUUCGCAUAUCCUGAACACGGUAUUAUUAAUAUAUUACACCAUGCUGAUAUUUCAGACAAGUAUGCUGUAUAUAAAUUGUGUUUGUGUAUUAAAAGCUUGUUUCAAAGACAUUAAUGAUAAUCUGGGGCACAUGCAAAGGCUCGUGGUAAACGACACAAAAUCAUGUGUCCCCACAUUUAUCAGUCACCUACAGAGAAAUCAAUUUUUGCUAAUAACAGAACUCAAAGCUCUAAAAAAACGGCAUUUAAUGGUUAGCGAUGCAGUGCAAAUGCUAAAUAUAAUCUUCAGUGGGCAACUCCUUGCUACUAUGGUCAUAGUCUUUUCUAAUACUACUUUUGAAUUGUAUUUCUUUAUAAUACGCUGGCAAAAUAAUGGGAUACUUAUUAGUUUUGAUAAACACCUAUUUGAUACAUUUUUAAUGACCUUAGCAUAUUACAUUGGACAUUUGGUAUUUAUUGUGUGGGUCUGCGAGACCGGCAAGAAUCAGGCCCAAGAGAUUCGUACCACUAUUCACGAUCUACUUAACAACACUAGCGAUGAGCAAAUCAAAGAUGAGUUGCAGCUGUUU